UUAUGAACCACCGUAGAAGAAGCUAAACUGAUGCCAGAUCAGAUCAUCGUCGCAGUCCCGCCUCUCACAGCCAACCACAAGCUCUUAGUACAAUAUAAAGUCUGCAACCAGCAAUCUAGAAACCAGUCGCAUCAAAGGGAACAUCCAGUUUCCAGUGACGAGUCAAAGAGCAAAAACAGCCCCAGGGACCAACUGUGAGGAAAAUCUCUAAAACUGAUUUCUGAACGAAUCUCCAUAUAAGUCAAACAACAGUUUGUGGUCAAAAUGUGGCUGGUGAUUUCAUUAUUACUGACAUGUUCACUUUAUGAUGUUGCUGAGCCAUCUAACCAAAAAUAUUGGCCAUGGAUAAUGAAUGCCAUUGAACCAGUAAAAAAGGUUAAACAGCAUGAUGUUGAAUGCCUUGCUGAAGGCAGUAAUGGGAAUGAAUACAGAGGUACUACCUCUGUAGCAGUCGGAGGAUACAAAUGUCUCUACUGGGAUCAGAUUUAUAAGAUAGGACCGAAAGCUGUUUCCAAAGGACUUGGAUCACAUAAUUACUGCAGAAAUCCAAAUAACAAACCUGGGCCAUGGUGCUGGGUUAGGAAAGGUAUCCGGAAAUUUCCCAAAUUUUGUGAUAUUCAACAAUGUGAAGAAAAGACAAAUCCCCUAAUUCAGGACACUGAAACGUCAUGUGGUGAACGAAGGCCAAAUGAGAAUUUUAAGAUUAUAGGUGGAUCCAAGACUCCAGUAGAGUCUCAGCCUUGGCUGGCAUCCAUCUUUGAACGUGGCACGUUUAUCUGUGGAGGCACACUCAUCGCACCCUGCUGGGUCCUCACCGCAGCCCACUGCUUCCGUCUUAGAAGAACAAGCAAGGACCAGUAUACUGUCUACUUGGGAAAGGAUGCCACCAAUCAAACUGAUCUGAAAAAAGAGCAAAAGUUUAAAGUAACCAAACUUGUGCUUCAUGAGGACUUUGACAGUACAGAAGAGAAUUAUAACAAUGAUAUUGCUCUGUUGCAGAUUGAGAACUGCGAUGGACAGUGUGCACAGAAGACAGACUCAGUGAGGACAGCAUGUCUUCCCCCAGCUCACAUCAUGAUGCCUUCUGGAACCUUCUGCAAAAUUGCAGGCUAUGGCCUAGAGAGGAAUUAUUAUUCUUUGAGUAACUACACAUAUUCCGGCUUCAUGAAGGAGGCUCAGGUUCAGAUUCUCUCCCGAAGUAUUUGCAAAACGGAGACCUACUAUGGAACCAUGGUCACGGAAAACCAGUUCUGUGCAGCCAGUCCCAAAUGGACAGAGGAUGCUUGUCAUGGAGACUCAGGAGGUCCUCUGGUGUGUGAAGUGAAUGGCCGAAUGUUUCUCUUUGGAAUCAUCAGCUGGGGAGAUGGUUGUGCCAAACGAUUUAAACCAGGUGUCUACACAAAAGUCACCAACUACAACAAAUGGAUUGCAAAACAACCAGGCCUGUACCCCUUCACUGAAGGCAUCAUGUACCCAAAGAAAAAUUAACUGUGUUACACAAUGUAAGCACUGUGAAGCUACACAUUUAAUGCUUUUUAACUCAGGGUUUGACUCCAGCCUCUAGAGAAAACAUGCCAAUCUGUGAUCGCACUGUCUAGAUAUCAUCUGUUGUUGCCCUUACACAGUGACCUGCAGGAACAAUGACGUAGCAUUUUGACCUUUGACAAAAAAAGUAUGUCACUGACUGAACCAUUUGUGACAUGAUAUGAUUCCAUAAUAUAUACAGUAUUUAUAGUUAUUUAUAAUCUAAUUUAUUUAAUAUAAUCUUAAUCAAAUUAAUGCCCAAGCAGCAUUGCUGCAUGUGGUGCCAAAGAUCAUAGGAAGCAAUUGCCCUUUGGAUAAUUUUUAAGUAACAAUUAAUGUUUUAAUGAAUAUGUGUUGUGUGUGUAGGCCUAUAUAGGUUUCAGAAUCUCAAAUGAAGGAUAGAAUGCAGUAUAAUCCAGUGAAGAAAUGCCAGUUCUUGUUUUUUUCCAUUUUAGUUGCAUACUGAGCUUCAAAAAUGUAUGCUUUUUUUAAAAUAUUUAUAU